CGAGUCACGUGAAUAUCAUUUUUGAAAGGUCGGUGCAAAACAUGGCGGAAAAGUAUUUCUCGCUGAAAAAAACUUUACAACGUUAAUGUCAUAAUGUUUAUGUCUACUCGUUACAACAAAAGGCCAGAACCAUCGAUUAAGCAACAGAAAAUAUUUUCGGUCGAUGACUCUCUUGCAAAGUUAUGUGGCUAUAUUACCAACGAGUUUAGCUGUAGCAAGUUAAUCACACCAAAAUAUAAAGAUUUCAGAAGUCAAAAACUUAAGUUUGAUCAGAAGACAAGACUUAACAAUGCAAUAUGGAGAGCAUGGCAUAUACAGUAUAAACAGAAAAAGAAGGCAAGAUUCCUUCAAUUUGCUGCUCCCUUUUCUGACGUCAGUGCCCACAGUACAUCACAGGCUGUAAUUUUAGAAGGAAAAUACUGGAGAAGGCGUCUUGAUGCAGUUUCAAGAGAAUUUAAAAAGUGGAGAAGGUUGUAUAAAGAGAAGCUCCUUCGAAAUGGUGAUUUGACAAGAGAAAAUCUUGAAGUAUCAGAUGAGGAAAAAACUUCAUCUGAAGACAGUGACACAGAAAACGAAGUUGAUGAUGAUGGUGUUAAUAACAAACGCAAUGGAAGUAAAAGCAUUAAAUCACUGGAAUCCUCUAUUUCAUUUGACACAUUGUCAGCCAUGUAUGCAUUUCCUGACACGCUUUUUUCGAGUGUGGAUCAAAAGAAAACGAAUGAUUUGGAGGAACUGGCGCUGUUUAAAGACACCUCUGGUAUUAUUCAACCGACCUUAGAUCAUUUGAAUCCAUGCUUUGAUGAAUUAAUGGAAAAUUUUGAUUUCCUUUUUACCGAUUGGGAAAACUACAAUCAAGGAAAUAAUUCACGAGAACCGUCAGAUCUGAUGUUAGAUUCGUAUAGUGCUUCGAACAGGAAUGUGCAAUCCAAUUUGGUCACAAACGAUCAGUUCUUACAUACAAUGGCUGCUGGGAGUAAAUCCUCCUCAGAAAAUAACUUAGGUGUCUCUACUUUUAAUGGCAAACAAUCUUGUAAUGGCAACUCUUUUCAAGAUCGUUAUCAGCAGCUUGGUAACACAGUUAAGUCUGCUUCAUCACCAGCUAUUUUGUCAGUCGAAGAUGGUUUAAAAGAAACUGACGAGCAAUCUCAUUACCAAGAACUUCCUCCCCAGCUACAAGCGCCCAACCUAGCAGCACAUGUGCAAGCAGCGAUGUCGAACAGACCAAAAGGAAUUACUCGCAACAAAUCAGAUUCAAAUUUGACCACAUUGUCAAAACGCAGCUCCAACAAGAAAGACUGUUCUCCUGUUCAGACCAAAAAACCUUGCCUUAGACGUAAUGCUUCUGGAAAUAAUUUAUUUGAAUUAAAGUCCACUCCUGUGGAGCACCGAGAAGUUAGACAGCAGCAUACUUUGACAGCGUCUGUCCUAGCAACGUCAUCAGUCAAGUACCAAUCAAAUGCAUCAGGGGCAGUGCCUAAGAAAGUAUCGACAGUACCGAUUCUACCGAAGUACACGCAAGCUCCUACCUUUCCUGUUACCUUAACUGCGCCAUUAAAUAGGACAGGUAUAAUAGUAAGCCGUGACAUAACUCAUGCUGGUGAAGGGGCAGGUGCAGGAGGACUGCCUGCAUCCAAGCCACAAACAGUAUCUUCAUUUCCAACAUAUGCUGUCAUUGGAGGGAAUUCCAACUUAUCACAAGCACAGGCCCAAAUGGUGAACGCGAUUUCAAUUAUGCCAUUAUCGAAUCCAAAUAUAAUACAACCAAACCUCAUUCCAACAAUAAUCAACAGCAACCGAAUGAUGCAACCUGGAAUUCCCGCACUUCAAGCUGGUCUUUUGCCAGCGAAUCUUGGCGUGCUGCCACAAAACGACCAGCAACUAUUAACACUGGCUCAAUUGCUGCAGAGCACACCUACACAGGGUACAGAAGCUACGUUGAACUAUUUGGAACUUCUGCAGCAACAACUCAACUUGAUGGUCAAACAACAGCAAGAGCAGAUACAACUGAAAUAUCAAAUACAAAUGCAAGCAGAAAAAAUGUUGCAAGAAAAGAGACAGCAGCUGAGUAAACAAGCGCGAGGGGCAUUCAGUCCUGAGUUUAUCACCCACCAUGUGACUUCUCCGCAAUUUCAUUCGACACAGACCAUUCCGCACUGUUCUCCAGGAGUGAUGGCGACGAUGUCAUCCACACACACAGACACAUGCAACACAAAAAUAUUCUCUUCUUCUUCUUCUUAUCCGCAAAACCAACUGUUCAUAUCAACUUCUACAGAGAAGCCUGCAUUCGCAGUUGAAAAAGAAAUAUUGUCGGAUGACUCUCCAAAACUGUUUAAGAAAGAAUCUCAAUCUCUUGUGAAAACUUUGCACGAAAUGGCUCCCCCAGGUGGAGUGCAGCAAAUCGAUUUAAAAGCUAAACUAAGUACGCAUAAAAAUUCCCCUUCUAUCAGUGACGAGUUGCGACCACCUGCUACAAUGGACAGUGCAAUGGCGCUUGUAUCACUUCGUCAUGGUCAGAUUAUUAACGAAACAUCACAAGCCUGUGGAUCAAGCUCAAAUUACAGAAGAACAUACGAAGAUGUUGGACAAACUGAAUAUGACACAAAUGAUUCGUUGCAUCCGUCAAAACCAAUUACAAAAGUAGCUGACAGAAUAAUUUACAAUGAACAUCGUCGGCAAUGUCAUCUCUCAGCAGAGCAGAAAAGACGUGGUCUCAUCAAAAAUGCGUUCGAAGAAUUGUCUCAAAUGAUACCAAGUAAAGGGUUGGGACGCGGAAGCAAAUUAAGCAAUUCUGCUAUACUUCAGUUGACGUGUGAUUACAUUCAAGUGUUACAGCGGGAAAGAGCGUCUUGUGACGUCAAAAUGAAUCACGUGCAACAACAAAUCGAUCAAAUGCAGGCAGCCAUUAACGAGUGUCAAAACAAACUACCAACUACCGGAGCUUCGACAAGUUUUCGACAGGGUUCUGAUACAGUUAAAAGAAGUUUUACAGAUUACUGUAAAGACCUGAUAUAUAAAAAACCUGAAUCAUGGAUUUUUUGCGUGAUGAUGAAGCCACUCUUCGAAAGUUUUAACGCCGCUGUUACAACAAAAACUUUGGACGAGUUCUUAAGUUCUGUUAUCCUCUGGCUAGAUCGUCACUGUACUUUACCGUUGUUACGCCCAGCUGUUCUAAAAACACUGACCGAACUCAGCACGACCACAUCGAUUCUUGAAAAUCCAAACUGUUUAUCAGUUCUAGCGGAACGUUCUUUACAAAAAGAAGAUCCCUGUGAGUUGUCAGGCGCCAAUCAAAUAGCAGGAGUUGAUAAUGCUGCUAUGUCAACGUCAUCAUCACGUUGGAAUUCAUAACAAAAAUAUUUUUUUAAGUUGUAUUUAGUAUCAUAUAUUUUAUAUUUUUAUUGAAAUUUUUUACGAAUA